GCACCACCCGUGAACAUGCGCUAGUUUACGGGGCGGUUAAGCUAUCACAUCGCAGAAAUUCGGCCUGGCCGCUCUGAGGCUUUUCUCUGCGUAAAGUGAUAGCAUAUAGACACAGAAUGGCGUAUGGACCAGCUUAACGAUUCACUGAGCCACAACAGCACCAAACCAAAUCAAACCAAACCAUAAAGUGAUAGCGCGAAAUAUCGGGAUUGUGUCACAAUGGAGGCAAUCGAUGCAGUGUCUACGGCGAAUCUCAAUGCAGAAGAUGAUUUUGACGAAUACACUUCGGCAAAAUUGAUCAAAGCACUUGAGAAAAAUGGCAUCACUGCAGGUGAUAUCAAAAAACUACAGGAAGCUGGAUAUUACACUGUGGAAUCAGUGGCUUAUACACCCAAAAAGAAUCUUAUUGCAAUCAAGGGUAUUAGUGAGGCUAAAGCAGACAAGAUAUUGCAAGAAGCAUCAAAAAUUGUCAUGAUGGGGUUUAAAAGCGCCACAGAAAUACAUAAGACACGCUCCAACAUUGUCUAUAUUACUACUGGUUCUACAGAGUUAGAUAAACUGUUGGGUGGUGGAAUAGAGACUGGUUCUAUUACAGAGAUAUUUGGAGAAUUUAGAAGUGGAAAGUCUCAGUUGUGUCACACCCUUGCUGUGAACUGUCAAUUGCCUAUUAGUAUGGGUGGUGCAGAGGGAAGAUGUAUCUAUAUAGAUACAGAGAAUACCUUUAGACCACAAAGAUUGAUAGCAGUAGCUGAAAGAUAUAAGAUUAAUGGUGAUUCUGUCCUUGAUAAUGUUGCUGUUGCUAGAGCAUAUAAUACUGAUCAUCAGACUCAGUUGUUGAUGCAAGCCAGUGCCAUGAUGACAGAGGCGAGAUACGCUCUGCUGAUAGUAGACAGUGGUACUGCUCUUUAUAGAACAGAUUAUACUGGUAGAGGUGAAUUACCUAGCAGACAGAAUCAUCUAGGGCAAUUUCUCAGGAUGUUAUUGCGGCUAGCGGAUGAACAUGGAAUUGCCGUUGUUAUAACAAAUCAAGUUGUCGCAAAUGUUGACGGUGCUGCUGGUAUGUUUGGUGGUGAUCAGAAAAAACCGAUAGGUGGUCAUAUUUUAGCACACUCAAGCACAACAAGAUUGUAUUUGCGUAAAGGUAGAGGAGAAACUAGAAUAUGUAAGAUUUAUGAUUCGCCAUGUUUGCCAGAAAGCGAAGCAACGUUUGCUAUAAAUCCAGAUGGUAUAGGCGACGUAAGAGAAUAAAUACUUUUUUGUUAAAUGCCAAUAAUAAACAUCAAUACAUAUAUCAACAAACUUUUCAUACACAAUGGACCAAUAGUCAUCGACUUGAACAUCAAUAUUUUACAUCAUUAAUAAAAGUCAAUUAAAGGAAUUAAAGGGAUUACAAAAAAAAUAAAUUAAUGAUAAUCUUAGUUAAGUGUUAAAUUAAGUAAAACAAACAAAUUAGAGCACAAUAUAUAACUUA